AACGUCCGCGACUAUGGCUCCAACGACAAGCUCAAGAAUCUUUUCUCUUGGAUGGAGUUGGGACGUCUUUUUGAGCUUCAGAGGUGAAGACACUCGCUUCACUUUUACAGAUCAUCUUCAUUCCGCUUUGGGUCAGAAGCGCAUCCGCACCUUCAGAGACGAUGAAGGACUUGAUAGAGGAGAAGAGAUCGGGUCAUCAAUCUUGAAGGCUAUUGAAGAAUCGAGGAUGUAUAUUGUGGUUUUUUCGAAAACCUAUGCUCAUUCAAAAUGGUGCUUGGAUGAGCUGGCCAAGAUCAUGGAGUGCAAGAUACAAAAGGGGCAGACGGUAGUGCCAACGGGAAGUUUUGGAGAAGCAUUUGAUAAAUACCAGAAGGUCCCGGAGCAUAAGUUGAUGAGAUGGAAGGCGGCGUUGAGGCAUGCAGCCAAUUUGUCUGGAUGGCAUGUGCAGCAUGGGUAUGAAUCACAGGCUAUUCAGAGAAUUGUUCAAAACAUUUUAAGUAGGAAUCUUAAACUCUUAUCUGUUAGUGAUAAGCUGGUUGGAAUGGAACGUCAUCUGAAAGAAAUGGCCUCUCUAAUAUCUAUUGACUCAAAUGAUGUCCGUAUGAUUGGGAUAAAUGGAAUUGAUGGAAUAGGCAAGACAACUCUAGCCAAAGCUGUAUAUAACCAAAUUGUUCAUCAAUUUGAUGGUGCUAGCUUUGUUUCAAAUUUUAGUAGUCAUGAGAUGAAUUUGCUUCAGUUACAAAAGCAACUUCUUAGAGAUAUUCUAGGGGAAGACAUUCCGAGGAUAACAGACAUUUCUAAAGGGGCUCAUGUAAUAAGGGACAUGCUUUGGUCUAAAAAGGUUCUUGUUGUUCUUGAUGAUGUUGAUGGUACUGGCCAACUUGAAUUCUUAGUUAUAAAUAGAGCAUUUGGUCCAGGUAGUAGAAUUAUUGUAACAUCUAGACACAAAUAUUUGCUUGCUGGCUAUGGACUGGAUGCAUUAUAUGAGGUUAAGGAGUUAAAUUGCAAGGAAGCUAUUCAACUCUUUUCUUUGCAUGCGUUUCACAUGAACAGUCCUCAAAAAGGUUUUAUAAACCUAUCGAGAUGCAUAGUAGAUUAUUGUAAGGGACUUCCAAUAGCUCUUGAAGUUCUAGGUUCUCACUUGUUUGGUAAGAAAAAUUUUGAAUGGGAAAGUGUACUGCAAAGGCUGGAGAAACGACCUAACAAGGAAAUCCAAAAUGUGCUUAUGAGAGGUUUUCAAAGACUGGAUGAUUGUCAUAGAGAGAUAUUCCUCGAUGUUGCAUGCUUCUUCAAAGGAGAGGACUUGGAAUUUGUUGAACGAAUACUUGAAGGUUGCAAUUUCUAUUCAAAACUAGGAAUAAAAGUGCUCACUGACAACUCUCUCAUUAGUAUUUUGGACAACAAAGUACUGAUGCAUGAUCUGAUACAAAAAAGUGGUUGGGAAAUUGUUCGGGAGCAAUAUCAUACUGAACCUGGCAAAUGGAGCAGAUUGUGGGAUCCUGAAGAUGUUUAUAAUGUAUUGACGACAAAUACGGGGACAAAGAGAAUUGAAGGCAUAUUCCUAAACAUGUCUGUAUCAAAUGAAAUACAUCUUACCUCUGAUGCUUUCAAAAAGAUGACAAGACUUAGAUUGCUCCGAGUCUAUCAAAAUGUAGAAAAUAAUUCUAUAGUUUCUAACACCGUCCAUCUUCCUCAUGGAUGGACUUUGGAGUCAUUGCCAUCAAAUUUUGAUGGUUGGAAAUUGGUUGAACUCAGUUUGAAGCAUAGCAGCUUAAAACACCUCUGGAAAAAGUGUAAGUGUCUUCCAAAGUUAGAAGUCAUCAAUCUCGGUAACUCCCAACACCUUAUGGAAUGUCCAAACUUGUCUUUUGCACCACGUGUGGAGCUGCUAAUUCUUGAUGGUUGUACGAGCUUGCCUGAGGUGCACCCAUCAGUUACAAAGCUGAAGAGACUUACGAUCUUGAAUAUGAAAAACUGCAAAAUGCUUCACUAUUUUCCAAGCAUCACUGGAUUGGAAUCACUUAAAGUUCUUAACCUCUCCGGCUGCUCUAAACUUGACAAGUUUCCAGAGAUCCAAGGGUAUAUGGAAUAUUUGUUGGAGCUUAAUUUGGAAGGGACUGCUAUUGUAGAACUUCCCCCUUCAGUGGUGUUUCUCCCAAGACUUGUUUUAUUGGAUAUGCAAAACUGCAAAAACCUUAUGAUUCUUCCAAGCAACAUUUAUUUUUUGAAAUCCCUGAGAACUCUGGUGCUCUCUGGUUGUUCAGGUUUAGAGAGGUUUCCGGAAAUCAUGGAGGUUAUGGAAUGUUUACAAAAGCUUCUUUUAGAUGGAACAUCUCUAAAAGAGCUGCCCCCCUCAAUUGUUCAUCUAAAAGGCCUUCAGUUAUUGAAUCUGAGAAAAUGCAAAAACCUCAGGAGUCUUCCAAAUAGCAUUUGCAGUUUGAGAUCCCUGGAAACCCUCAUUGUCUCUGGCUGUUCAAAACUCAGAAAAUUGCCAGAGGACCUGGGGAGGUUGCAAUUCUUGAUCAAACUUCAAGCUGAUGGAACUGCUAUAGCUCAACCACCUCUCUCACUUUUUCAUUUGAGAAACCUUAAAGAGUUAUCCUUUAGGGGAUGUAAAGGAUCAACAUCUAACUCCUGGAUUUCAUCCCUUCUAUUUAGGUUACUGCAUAGAGAAAAUUCAGAUGGGACUGGUUUGCAGUUGCCUUAUUUGUCAGGUUUAUACUCCUUAAAAUAUUUAGAUCUUAGUGGCUGCAAUCUAACAGAUAGAUCGAUCAAUGACAAUCUUGGCCACUUACGCUUCUUGGAAGAAUUAAACCUUAGCAGAAACAAUUUGGUUACCGUACCUGCGGAGGUGAAUAGACUUUCUCAACUAAGGGUCCUUUCUGUGAAUCAGUGCAAAAGCCUUCAAGAAAUUUCCAAGCUCCCACCAAGUAUAAAAUUAUUAGAUGCUGGGGAUUGCAUAUCCCUUGAGUCUUUAUCAGUUCUAUCUCCACAGUCGCCACAGUACCUAUCGUCUUCCUCUUGCCUUCGUCCUGUAACUUUCAAACUGCCGAAUUGCUUCGCACUAGCUCAGGAUAAUGGGGCAACUAUACUGGAGAAACUUCGUCAGAACUUUCUUCCAGAAAUUGAAUACAGUAUUGUUCUUCCUGGAAGUACAAUUCCAGAGUGGUUCCAGCAUCCAAGUAUCGGAUCCUCAGUAACAAUAGAGCUGCCUCCAAAUUGGCAUAACAAGGACUUCCUGGGUUUUGCUCUAUGCUCUGUGUUCACACUUGAGGAGGAUGAAAUCAUUCAAGGCUUUGGUCUCAUUUGUUGUAAUUUUGAAUUUAGAGAAGGGCCUUAUUUGAGUAGCUCCAUCUCUUGGACACACAGCGGAGACAGAGUGAUUGAGACUGAUCACAUAUGGCUGGUGUAUCAACCUGGUGCUAAACUUAUGAUACCGAAGUCCAGUAGACUCAAUAAAUUCAGGAAGAUUACAGCUUAUUUUAGUCUCUCUGGGGCAUCCCAUGUGGUGAAAAACUGUGGAAUCCAUCUUAUAUACGCCCGAGAUAAGAAAGUGAACAAUCAAACAAGGUAUAUUAGUGCCAAGAGAAGCAGUGAUGGAAGUCGUUAUUACUGUCUUGAGGAAACACAACCUAAGAGGCUAAGAGGAGGAGAGAACUGUGAGGAAGGAUCCCAUGCUUAAACUCAUCCAAGAAUGCUUAAACUCCAAGAAUGGCUUAUGCCAGCUUAUUGGUGAGUCACU